UCCCACGACAGCUUCCUUGGACAGCUCCGCUCCCGCCGCAUUGUGCCAAUUGAAGUAGAUACUAUAGCCGAAUUCGAAAGGUAAGAGUUUUCUUUCAUCCAUCCAGGAAUCUGAGAGCAUGGCCCUGAACGCACCGCUGCUCUUAAGGCGUUCGACCAUAUGCAUAAUACAAAGCAAUCUCCAAUCUUCUCCUAUUUCCUCAUCUUUACAACCAGUACAUUCCAAGAAUCAGAAGCACCUUAGCUUCCAUUACCUUCCUUCUAGCAUUGAAAAAACUCGCUCCUCCCGAGCAAAGCCGUUGAAGGCAUUGAAGAAAUUCAUUAAAAGCAGCGAAAGCGUUGCGGAUGAGGAAGACGAAGAUUCCAACAACAGAGAGCACAGAGUUGCCAAUGACCCUAAUCUUAUGACUGAAGAAGAGAGACUGGAGAUGAGGAGGACGAUUAGGGGGGUGCUGGAUUCGAACCCUGUCGUAGAGGAAGAGACCGAUCCAGUACAACGCAAGAUCAAAAUGCAGAGGCUGCUUGCAGACUACCCGCUUGUCGUCGAAGAGGAUGACCCUGAUUGGCCAGACGAUGCGGAUGGAUGGGGAUUCAAAUUUGAUCAAUUCUUUAAUAAUAUCAGGAUUAAGAAUGUGAGGAAGGAUGACGAUGAAGGUUACGAUAGCGAGAAGGAGAUUGUGUGGCAGGACGAUGAUUAUAUCAAGCCUAUUAGAGAUAUAACCGCUAGGGAAUGGGAGGAUACUGUUUUCAAGAAUUUCAACCCUUGCAUCAUUCUCGUCCACAAUCGAUACAAAAGGCCAAAAGAGAAUGUGAGGGCAAGGGAUGAAUUGGAGAAGGCUGUGAAGUUUUUUUGGGAGACUGGACUUCCUUCACCUAGAUGUGUAGCUGUGGAUGCUAUUGUUGAGGAUGAGCUGGCUGAUGCUCUGCAAGUAUCCAUCUUUCCUGAGAUAAUCUUCACGAAAGCUGGGAAGAUACUGCACCGUGACAAAGUUGUUAGGACCGCAGAUGAGUGGUCAAAGAUGAUGGCGUUCUUCUACUACAAGGCAGUACGACCGCCAUGCUUAGAUAAAACCACUGGGCUGAAUCAGGAGAAGAUACCAUCACUCUAAUAGAGGUUGAAGCUUGUGUGCUUGAAAAUGCUUUUGGCCUGUGCUCUAAUAUUUGGUAUGAUUGCUGUUUCACUGGAAUGAAUGAAAUUAGUUGAGGCUGAUAGCAUAGAAAUUCGUAUGAGUAAAAGAAGGUAAUGGUCAAAACCUUCAUGUGGGCUUGGAAGUGACAAUUGGUUUAGAUUGUUUCACGUGUUAACAUUGCUGUCAUAUGUUCGUAAGCUACUUCAAUGAGCCUUUUAGGUUAACUAAUUCCUUGAUGUAUUACUCAAGCUGCAUUGCAGGAGAAGUCUUGAGUUGACAUAUGAGUGAAACUUAUUUUUGAAUUUGGCAUAAUGUAUCAUGAAGGCUACGCCUAGUUUUUAACACUGCAUUGCCACGUCAAUAAAGAUCGCAGAUUAGCAGCUUUAUUAGAAUAUG